UCGCAGGUGCAGGAUGUACAGCUUCAUGGGCGGAGGGCUGUUCUGUGCAGGCGUGGGGAACAUCCUCCUGAUUGUUUCCACGGCAACCGAUUAUUGGAUGCAGUACCGGCACUCCAACAACUACAUGCAUCAGGGCCUGUGGCGGUACUGCAUGCCGGGGAAAUGCUUCACACACAACGACAGCAUUGGUGAGGAAUACAGCCAGUGCACAAAAUGCUGUCAUAACACUGUCAUAACACCCAACACAUGUCAUAGCAAGCCAUAAAUGUUAUAUGAGCAGUGCUAUUUCCAUGUUAUGUGCCAUGUCAGUGGUAUGGCUCAUGAAUCACGAUAUGAUGUGAUGGGAGCUAUACCAAUCACACCACAGCUUGUUGAUUUUGGCAGGAAAGCGUCAUUAUCCUUGUCACAGCAUGAGCAUCAAGGCUUUCCAUAACAAGAUUCAUAUUUGCCAAGCACAGUCCAAACGUGUCAUCAAUAUGGGUAGUUUCAGGUCAGAACAGGCCAGGGUCAGUCUCUCUUGUACCCUGACAACUCCUGUUAACCUUUGACCCCCUACAGCCCACUUGGACGCCACCCGAGCACUCAUGAUCCUCUCCCUCCUGGCCUGUUUCAUUGGAAUCAUCAUCGGCAUCAUGGCCUUCAUCCACUCCUCGUUCUUUGACAGGUUUGACAAAACCUUUGCUGCAAGCAUAUUGUUCUUCAUCUCAUGU